AUGGCCGUCACCUAUGGCUUUCAUGCCAGUGAGCGACAAUAUCUUCACCGCAUCAAGAAAUGGCACCUGAAUAAGAAAAUCAAGCAAGACGAUAUGCUCAUCAUGCAUCGCAAAGUGCUACAACGAAGCAAAGAAGGCAAGGAGACUACCGUGCUGCUGUACGACCACGAAGUAGGCACCGAGCGGAUCAAGGCGUUUGUCAAGCGCAAUCGGGUGGCGACGACGCCGUCGCAGCUUCCUCAGUGGCCAACACCGGCGCACAUACUGGCGUACACUCCUUUCGGCCAAAUGAUACCUGAAACUGCCACCACGCAGGAAGAUUCCAAUACCUAUGAUGGAGUUGUGAUACCACCAAUUUUGACAAGCUGCAGACCUUCUAGCUUGAAACUUGCGCUUAUUGCAGACUAUAUGCGGUUUUGCCCACGUCUCGCGACGCUCGAAUCCUCGGACCGAUGGCUGUUUCAACAGCGUGCCAUCACAAUGCAACAAGUCUGGUGUAAGAGUAGUACAGCUCUUCAUGCUCAUGACACGAGACAAGAGUACUGGUCAUACUUCAGCGCCAUAGGUACCGCGAGCUUAGAGGCAGGUGCGUACGGAUCAGAAGUGAAUAGAACAGUUGGAGUCAAUGGAAUCAUCAACAUCCUCGACAGACGAAUGCCCGGCUUCAGGCAUGGCAUAGAUGUUGAUCGUAUCUGGGACCAGUGCUCAUCAGGAUGCACGGUGACGACGGACGGUAAAGCAUUUGAGGGUUCAGCGGAUUAUGUGCCUUCGGAGCUACUUAGUUGUCCUUCACACUUUGAGGGCAGGCAUUGUGAGAAGUCUCUCGUCCUGUCGGAAAGAGCGAAAAGGAUCCUUGCGGGACCGAACGCUUCGCUACUCACCAUACAUGCGAUCCACCCAGGAUCAGAUAUGAGAUACUUUUCCUUUGGGGAGUAUAUGAUGACCACGAGGCAUGUUGAGAAGACUCACGGUGAAGUGGGAACUCAGGGUCCUGCUGGCUCCCUUGGUACGCCUCAGACCGUGUUGUGUGGAGCCAUGGUGACACCACCCACAUCAGCAACAUAUGUACCAAGAGACUUUGAGGAUCGUGUGAUUGCUAUGAACAUGGCAGAUGAGCCUCUGAUCACGAGCUCGUCCACCAUCAGCGCUAGUCAUACAGAAACCGAGACCAUCGAUUGGGACUUCUUAGGGGCAGGCAUGGAUUGGCUGAGAGAUGUGGACAGAGUAGAUCUAGGCUUCAUGGACGACGUUACGGCUUACGGUCCUAGCAAAGUGCAUGGCUGA